ACAUGUCCCACCGCGACACCUGCUGCAAGGGGUGUACAGGCAACACCUCACUCCUCACUACACACCGGAGCUGCCCACAUCAGUGCUUUGCAACUAGAAACUAAUCAACGUCAUCAUGUGAAAACUAAGCCUACUGGUACAGUACUGUAUAGCUAAAAACAAUGGACAAGUGUCAUCAUACCGUACAGCUUAAUCAACAUACUGUAUUAAAAAUCAAGCACAGUAGAAAAAGCAGCAACUGAAACUGAACAUAUAAUGUAGUGAGUCAAGCCAAAGGCUUGGUUUCUCAAGUAACAUACCAUACAUAUCCUUUGGGUGUAAAUAUCAAGCUAAGAAUAUUGUUGCAUGUGUCUACAGUUACCACAUGUGCGAUAUAUACGAGAUGGACUAAGGUAUGCACAAUAAUCUCCCAGUGGGUAUCAUUUUUCAGUAAUAAAUACCUUGCCACACGACGAAUGACACAAGUGAUUCCUUGGACUCUCAACACCGUACAAGAGUUGUGCUAAGGAAAAGCCUAUGAACUCGAUCGUAACGAAACCUGAGCUGAACAAUGCACAGUACAAAGAAAGUGGGCAUGUGGUGAAAGAGCAAAUUAUCAAAACAUUACUACGGGAGUUCAGUAAAAGAAAAAUCAAGGGAGAGUGUAGUUUAAGGUAAUAACUAUGACCACCAAUCCUACCCUGAACCGUCUGGUGGUGAUUUUCGGUGCGUUGCUGCUAACACAGGCUAGCUACGCCGCCCUGCACCACCACCGCUCCCAACACUUUUCCCAGGAGGUCCUUGACGAUUACAACUACAGUGAAGAAGAUAUCGGAGACCUUGAUCCAGAGACACGAAGUGGACUGUGUUUGCCAGAUUGCACCCGUGAUGGAGCCAUUCGACUUGACAGGACCUCUUGCAACCACUACUUCAUGUGCUCACUCUUGCACCAUCAGCUGGUCCUCUUCAGGUGCUCCUGCCCCUAUGCCACGCCUAAAUUUAACAAAUAUCGCCAGAAAUGCACCAGGGAGGCUCAAUGUCGUGUCUCUUGCACUUCCCACGCCCAUAUCUUCACCAACUGGACUGCUGUGACUCACAAGGGCCACCAGUGCGUUGCUGCCUUACCUGAGCCUUCCAUCACUAUCACCAUCACCAGCGCUACCCUUACCACCAGCAUCACCCAUUCUACUUUCACCAAACCUACAAUGCAUACCCACACCACACCAACAGUUGUAUCCACACCUUAUGAAUCACAAGAAACCAACACACUUGCAACCAUAGUCUCCUCUCUCACUACUUUAACAUCAAUUGUAGCUACCCUACUCACUAAUGUCAACAUAGAGUCCAUGUUAAUCCCACCUGCUACCCUUGCUACAUCAUCUCUAGUCACUGUUAAUGCUACUACCAUGCCACCCUUCCCUGGCACCAUACCUACUACUACCAUACAGUCCCCAAGUCCGUCACUCGCCAAUGCCAACAAUGAUUCUGCAGUGACAGUGACUGCAGCUAUCACCGAUCCCUUCCUGGCUACCCUACUCAGCACCCCAACAGUGUCCAAAGUUACCUUACCUGCCACUAGCAUCCUCUCCCCAGCUACCGUCACUACAUCCCCUAUCACCAUACCUACUAUAGUCACGCCAAUUCCAGCAUUCCUUCCCGAUACUAUCACCAUACUGUCCUCAGUCACCAUGCCCACCACUAUCCCUACAACAUCACCAAGUAUCAUCCCAGAGACAUUGGUGCCACCCUUAAGCUGUGACAAUGCACAAUGUCUAACUGUCAACUCUCGUUUACAUGACCCAUACAACUGCAGUCGUUAUUACAAGUGUAUCUUCUCUGAUGAUCAGUUGAUGGCCCGCCCCUACAUCUGCCCGAGCACCAUGCCCGUCUUCAGCCGCCUGCUCCAGAUGUGUGUCACUGGAAUAAAGUGUCGAGCUCCUUGUGCAGAUGCACAAAAUUCACCUCCCACCACCACUCCUCAGAUAGGUGUCACAACAGAUGAGACAACAGCAUACCCUGAAACACCUGAUAUAGCAUCUCAUGAUUCUCCUUCAGUUAUUGUAACAUCGGAGUCAGUUACAGGCAAUGCAACAUCUACUGGUGGUUCCUCAUCACUGGAGACACUUACAGAUGGAGGUACAUCACUGGAGAUAAACGAGGGAUUUAUAACAUCUGAGUCAGCUACAGACGUAACAGUGUCACCUGACAACCCAACAGUUGUAUCAACACCUGACACACCAACAGUUGAGCCGACAUCUUCUGACACACCUAUAGUUGUGCCAGCAUCUUCUGACACACCUACAGUUGAACCAGCAUCUUCUGACACACUUACAAAUGUGCUAGCAUCUUUUGACACACCUACAGUUGUGCCAGCAUCUUCUGACACACCAACAGUUGUACCAGCAUUUUUGGACGCACCAACAGUUGUACCAGCAUCUUUUGACACACCUACAGUUGCACCAGCAUCUUCUGACACACCUACAGUUGUGCCAGCAUCUUCUGACACACCCACAGUUGUGCCAGCAUCUUCUGACACACCUACAGUUGUACCAGCAUCUUCUGACACACCUAUAGUUGUACCAGCAUCUUCUGACACACCAACAGUUGUACCAGCAUCUUCUGACACACCUACAGUUGUACCAGCAACUUCUGACACACCUAUAGUUGUGCCAGCAUCUUCUGACACACCUAUAGUUGUACCAGCAUCUUCUGACACACCUACAGUUGUACCAGCAACUUCUGACACACCUACAGUUGUACCAGCAACUUCUGACACACCUACAGUUGUGCAUCUUCUGACACACCUACAGUUGUACCCAACUUCUGACACACCUAUAGUUGUGCCAGCAUCUUCUGACACACCUACGGUUUUGUGCCAGCAUCUUUUGACACACCAACAGUUGUACCAGCAUCUUCUGACACACCUACAGUUGUGCCAGCAUUUCGACACAACAUUUGUACCAGCAUCUUCUUACACACCUACAGUUGUGCCAGCAUCUUCUGACACACCUACAGUUGUGCCAGCAUCUUCUGACACACCUACAGUUGUGCCAGCAUUUUCGGACGUACCAACAGUUGUACCAGCAUCUUUUGACACACCUACAGUUGUGCCAGCAUCUUCUGACACACCUACAGUUGUGCCAGCAUCUUCUGACACACCUACAGUUGUGCCAGCAUCUUCUGACACACAUACAGUUGUACCAGCAUCUUCUGACACACCUAUAAUUGUACCAGCAUCUUCUGACACAUUUAUAGUUAUGCCAGCAUCUUCUGACACACCUUUAAUUGUACCAGCAUCUUCUUACACACCUACAGUUGUGCCAGCAUCUUCUGACACACCUACAGUUGUGCCAGCAUCUUCUGACACACCUACAGUUGUGCCAGCAUCUUCUGACACACCUACAGUUGUGACACCAUCUUCUGGCACACUUACUGUGUCAACAUCUUCCAACGCAACUAAUGAAACUUCAACAGCUGACACGCCUGCCACUCUUUCUGAAACAGCUAUAAUUAUGUCUAACAUUGGUUUUACAUCUGAGAUAACAACAGGCAUUUCUUCGACAUCUUCUCACACAACAAGCAACUCAACAUCUGGCAAAGUAACAGAAUCUUCUGAAACAAGCACUGAUGCAGCACCUGACAUGACUACAGAAAAAAAACAGCACCCUGACAUGACUAUAGAAACGUCAACAUCUGGAUCUGUGGCAGGCACCGCAUCAUCUGUCACACCACCAUUACAGGAGUCAUGCAACCUGCCCUGCACAGCACCAGAAAUGAAGGUUGCAGAUCCUUAUAACUGCCAUUACUUCUAUGCAUGCAGGUUCACCGAGGAUCUCAUGCCAAUCCCUAUCCGAGUCAAGUGUCCUCGCAGGCGACCCGUGUUUAGUGCUGUUUCCGGCACAUGUGUGGCGGAGGGUCCGUGUGUGGUGAGGUGCCAAUCCUCUGCCACCAUCAUCAUACCUCCUCCACAAUCCACCACCACCUUAUCAUCCAUCUCCCUCUCCCAACACCCUACUCACCCAGAGUCUGUUGUAACCAAUACAACAGUAACCACCCCAACACCCACCACACCAGACAUCAAUAUUAUGUUUAACAUGACGACCACUACAGCUACCAUCACUUCAUCAGUGACUACUACAACAGAGUUUCUAUAUGACUGCCAACCGACUUGUCUGGUUGCUGAUUCCUGGUUAUCAGACCCUACAGAUUGCCACUACUUUUAUGUUUGUCACUUUAUUAAUGACGUGAUAUCCAAACCUCGGCGAAUUAAAUGCCCAUAUCAUCUACCCAUCUUCAGCCAACACCUUGGAAGAUGCACUGCAGAUGCUCCAUGUGUUACUUCUUGCAAUCAUACAACAACUGUGAACAUUGUGACACCAGUAUCAUCUGACUCACCCAUCUGCCAACCAACUUGUGCCCUAGCAAACUCCCGGAUGUCAGAUCCCACUGAUUGUCACCACUACUACAUUUGCAUCAUUCUUGACAGUCUCAUCCCCCAAGCAGUACGUACAAAGUGUCCGCAAUCAAGACCCUACUUUGACCGUAGAAAGGGAGUAUGUGUGCCUCAGUCGAGAUGCAUCAUAACCUGCACUCAACAAGAAACUGUGUCUACACCUACAAUUAUGCCUCCAACUCCUGCCAAUGUCUGUCAUCCUGUCUGUAUUAAACCAGAGACUGUAGUGACUGAUCCGCUUGACUGCCAUCAUUAUUAUAUCUGUUCAGCCAGUGGAGCACUGAAUAGCCCAACUAGGAUGAAGUGCCCAUCACACCUUCCCAUCUUCGACCAGGACACAAACAGUUGUUCCAAGGAUGCUCCUUGUGUGGUAAACUGUCAAGCAAAUUUUACUACCACUAGUGCCCUUGGUGUUGCUUCUGUCAGCAAUACCAUCACUGGUAGUAUUACAACUGGCAAUACAACCAUUAGCAGUCCCAUCACCAGUGUCACCACUUUAGCCCCCACCACUAACAUCACCGCUUCAUUCAUCACUACCAUCCCAAGUAUCACCACUCCAGCUCCAAUUUCUACUACCAGCAAUACACUCAAUACCACCAAUACUUCUAUUCUCAUUGAUGAAGUUACAACAAACAGCUCCUCCAGUACUCUAGCAGUUGGAAUCAAACCCGAGCUAUGUCGACCAAACUGCUCCUCACAUAACACCGUACAUCAUGACCCACUGGACUGCCACCACUAUUAUGUAUGCAUGAUCGUCAGUGGUAAACCUAACCUCACCAAGAUCCAGUGUCCACAGCAUCGGCCUGUUUUUCAUCUGCCUACUUACAGCUGUCAAAGAUCUGUGCCUUGCAUCAUAACUUGUGGGGAUUCUGUUAUCUUCCUCCCAGCCACUAUAGCAAGCACUGGUACUGGUGCAGUUACCACAGAAAGCAUUAACCCUGCCACAAUCACCCUAGGAAGCACAAGCCCUACCACAGUGAACACCAGCCCCAUCAUAGUGAAUACUACCCCUACCACAGUGAAUACUACCACUACCACAGUAAACACCAGCCCCACCACAGUAAACACCAGCCCCAUCACAGUGAACAACACCCCUGUCAUAAUCAGCAGCACAGAGGAGACACCAGGGAAUAAUGGUGUGAGGUGUAAGCCCGAGUGUGCACAGGCUGGAAUACUGGUGGCAGACCUCACCAACUGUCAGCGGUACUAUGUGUGUGUCUACGUAGACAGUCUGGCUCCUCGCCCUGUGCGUGCUGCCUGCCCACAAGCCACACCUGUGUUUGAUACCACCAAGAGACGCUGUGUGGCUGAGGCACAGUGCUACCAGCCCUGUGCUGAGCAGUCUACAUCUCUUGCACCAGCAGCACCUAUUGGAUCUUCUACCACAUCUGUCACCACAACUGCAACUCCAGGAAGUUUAUGUUCAGCAGUGUGUGAAGCAGGGGACAGGGUUCUCCCAGACCCUACUGACUGUCAUUUCUACUACCUGUGUUCAGCCAUCUACGGCCUACCAGGUGCUCUCCGUGUCCAGUGUCCUCCAGGACGCCCAGUGUUUGAUGCUGAUCAGUUAGUGUGUAGUAGCAGUGUUCUCUGUGAUGUCCCUUGCCCAGCUGCUGCUAAUCCACCUCCUCCUCCUAGCACGCAUUCCCCAUUCACUUCAACUCUUCCUUUUCCCCCUGCUGGUCCACCUGCCCCCAUUACCUUCAGCCCUACUCAUCCACCUGUCCCUGCCCACCCACCUGCUCCUAUUACCUCCAACCUAACUCAGCUAUCUAUCACACCUGCCCCAGCUGACUCUCCUUCCUUUGACAUCCCGCAGGAAUGUCCACAUGCUGGGUACUUUACAAGAAGCAAGGAGUGUAGUGACACCUUUAUCCACUGCUAUCAGGAGGGGGCAAGGCUGAUGAGUGUGAGCAAAAGGUGUCCAGUAGAUCUAGUAUUCAACACAGUCUCCACCUACCCCUAUUGUGUGCCUCCCACAAACUGCCCCUAUGACCCAAUCAUCAAUGGUACCUCUGUCAAUGCCACUUCCUGCCUCCAUCCUGGUAGUUUCCCCAAGUGUCUUCACUGCUGUCCAGACUUCAUUCGCUGUGAGCCAUCAGUCUAUGGUCCUGGAUACUACCCUGUGGCAGAGCGCUGCCCUCGGGACCUGGUGUUCAACACAGAUCCAAGGUACCCCGUAUGUAUACAGCAGCGAGACUGUCCAUCAGGAGGUUUACACACCAGCCAGUGUGUGGGUAAAGGUAACUACCCAGCAUGCCCUGGUUGCUGCAAGAAAUACUACCACUGCACUAAGGAUGGUCGCCUUCAAACCAGGACCUGUGCCUUCUCUCUCAUGUUCAACCCACACCCUGCUCACCCUUACUGUGUUCUUGCCUGGAACUGUCCAUUUGUUCCUGCAGCAUAUGCUAGCCUUGUGACCACCCCACACCUGCCUGUAGCAGUCCUGCCCUGACUCACAGACAGCCCACACACCAACCAGUGUGAGGGCGAGAAAAACUACCCUGCAUGCACAGGCUGUUGCAAGAACUACUACCGCUGUACCAAGGAUGGUAACCUUCAACCCAGGACCUGUGCCUUCUCCCUCAUGUUCAACCCACACCCUGUUCACCCUUACUGUGUCCUUGCCUGGAACUGUCCCUUUGUUCCUACAGCACUUGCAAGCUUCCUGACCUCCCCACACCUGGCACAAUUGAUCCAGUCAUUUUCUCCCCAAACCUUGCCCAGCUGAUCCAACCCUACCCUACUCUACCCUAAUCUUACCUAGCAGUCAAAGCCCUGAAUUACCUUAAUCUUACCUAUCUGACCAAACUCUAACCUACUCUAAUCCUACUUACCUGAUCCAGGCCGGAGUUACCAAGAUCCUAUCUUAUUCCCUCACGACUACAUACACAAAUUGUCAGUUUUAGUGCUGACUUAACUAUAUAAUUUUGCCUAAUUAUUGUCAUAAGAAUGUUGUAGACACCUGAGAGACAGUUCUUGAUUUUAUACUAACAUUGUUUAUACUGUAUUGUUAUUUGUUAUUAAAUGGAAUAAACAAGC